AUCAAAAUCGCGCUUCUUCCCGGAAGUAAACCGUGAACAUAGAAAGAAAGGUUACUCUUUCAUCUCUUUGGAUGGAAGAUUCUGCUAAAGUCUCCGGCGGUUUCUCCGACAGCGACGACGAAGAACCUCAAGGAAGCAGCCUUUUCAUGCUGCUAAAACCCUACUGCCUAGAGCUUCUGGAGCUUUUACAAAACCCUAACAAGCAGUCCUUUUCCAUCCCUGCAUUGCUUGAAUUGCUUCGCAGUUCUCCGCCUGAUGCUCUUCAGCCUUUCUUCGACUACACCUUGUUCCCUUUGCUGCUUCUACUGGAUGCAGCAGUUGAAUAUAGAAAGUCGCAGAAAAAUGUUUCUACAGAGGAACUUCUUGGGCCGCAUAAAGUGAGUGAUAGAGUAGUUGAAGGUGUGCUUCAGUGUUUGGAGGAGCUUCUGAAGAAGUGUCAUAUAGGAUCUGUGGAACAGAUGGUUGUGGUGUUGAGAAAGCUAACUUAAGCAGCUUUACUUUCUCCAUCUGAGGCUGCAGAAGAGUUUCGUGAAGGAGUGAUAAAGUGUUUUAGGUCUCUGCUUUCAAAUAUACUUCCCUGUUCAAACAGUCCUGUUCAUGUAAGGAAAUUCAUGAUUUGCCUAUGCUCUUAGAAUGUAGAGAUAUGCAAACUACUCCAACUGGACCUUCUAAGCAUGAUCCAGAACAGGGAGAAUGUUUACAUGCAUUUUUGCGGUCCCAAGCUGCUUCUGCUGCUGUUGGACACUGGCUGUCACUUCUUCUCAAAGCUGCAGAUACUGAGGCUGGAAGAGGACAUCGAGGUAGUGCAAAUCUCCGAAUUGAAGCCUUUUUGACCCUUCGAGUGCUUGUUGCUAAGGUUGGCACCGCAGAUGCACUGGCUUUCUUUUUACCUGGCGUUGUUAGCCACUUUGCAAAAGUUCUGCAUGUCUCUAAAACAAUGAUAAGUGGUGCUGCUGGAAGUGUGGAAGCUAUCAACCAAGCCAUUAGGGGCUUGGCUGAGUAUCUUAUGAUAGUCCUUGAGGAUGAUGCUAAUUUAUCUGGUCUUGAUAUGUCAAUUGAUGCUUCUGCUGGCUUACACCCAAAGAAGUAUGAGUCUGCUACUUCACUUUUGGAGGAACUGCGUCAUUUACCCUUUAAAGCUCAGCAGACUAAUAUAGAUACUGAUGGUAGUGAUCAAUCAGUAAACAUUGUUAGUCCCAAAUUUGAAUCUCAAGACAGAAGGAGCAACGAUGGUGGCAAGGGAAUAGGGCCUUUGUAUGUGGACCGUACAAAAGAAUGGAUUGAGAAAACCUCUGCACAUGUGAACAAAUUAUUAUCGGCAACAUUUCCACAUGUAUGAUUUUCAAAAAUGAUU